AUUUGACCUUGGGACGUGCGUAGAUUACAAUCGGAAAAUAAACAAAUAUACUGCAUGAUAACACACUAGUGACAUAAUACCGACAAGACAAUACACAUCAGAAGUAGACUCGCAUUUAUAAAAUAAAAUUCAGUGUAUAACGGUACAAAAAAGCUACAACAUGUCGGGGAAGUUUCCGGGGUGUUCUGACAGCGCGUGGCCGGAGGUGUUUACAGAACCAGCCAUGCCAUGUCCCUCCACGGUAAAGAAGUCAGGGCAACUGGCCGACCAUGUCAUUAGGAAAUUUUUUGAAGACGGCUUUGUGAUUGUGGAGGAUUUCUUCACCCCAGAGGAACUCAAUCCCUGUAAGGAAGAUAUUGCAGAUGUUGUUGAUGAGGUUGCAAAUAUGCUAUGGAAGAAAGGCAAAAUCAAAGAUCUAUACAAUGACUUUGGAUUUCACGAAAGACUUGUGAGAAUGAACGAUGAUUUCCCCGGAGCCAACAUUUUGGUGAUAAAAACGGGUCGUGUUCCAAAGGCGUUAAAACAACUAUGGGCCAACGAAAGGCUACUGAAUGUUAUCGAGCAGCUUAUUGGACCAAAUAUUGCUGGUAACCCUGUGUGGAACAUCCGUGCCAAGAUUCCUAGUGACGAGGAUACAACAGUUCCGUGGCAUCAAGACUGUGCUUACCUGGAUAACGACACUUAUAACAUGCUCAUUCCUACGGCAUGGAUACCUUUCGUCGACACAAACUUUGAAAAUGGCUGCAUGGAGUUUGUAAAGGGAGGUCAUAGACUUGGCAAGGUGGCGACCCACCAGUGUUGUCAUGGUGGCACGUGGUACACUAUACUGGAGGAGGAGGAAAUGACGAGGACAUUAGGCGUGGAUCUGUCCAAAGAUCGAGAGGUUGUCCCGGUACCAUUUGGAGGAAUGGUUCUGUUCUCCAACAUGAUCCCGCACCGCAGUCUUCCCAACAACACGUCACACAUCCGUUGGACAGUUGAUUUGAGAUGGCAGCACCCCGACAGUCCUAGUGGCUUAUGGGGAUUGAAGGAGAAGGUUCUUAUGAGAUCAUCUGAUAACCCCGACCUAGAGAUAGACUGGGAGACCUUCGACGCGGUCGACAGAUGCGAACAACAGAAGACUUUAGUAACUGGAUAUGGGGAGGAAGCAGAUGAUCCCGAGUUAGAUACAACUAUCACUGGACCCUGGAUGAAACAAUGGGAGAUUGUCCACAUGAACCGACACGUCAAAGUGUAGACAGUGUGUAGUUCAUUAUCAACACCUAUAAGUUUGUGUAGACUUUUGUGUAGACAAUUAACAUCGAGUGUAGCUCAUUAUCAACACGUAUUAGUCUUUGUAGAUAUGUGUGUUGAUCAUUAACAUCGAGUGUAAUUCAAUUGUCAACACGUAUUAGUUGGUGUAGACACGUGUGUAGAUCAGAGUGAUCGAGUGUAAUUCAUUUUCUACCACAAUACCCUGUGUUAUUCAACUCUCAGACCAUCAGUUAAUCAUUACAGCUGUUGAUUAACAAUC